CUGAUAACGACGCAUCAGCUUAAGACGAUGGUCGUGAAACAGGUCGAGCUGCUGUACACCACACGCCAUGACGAACUCGGCCUACGAGAGUGCGCGCGAUGCUGCCGUGGCCGCACGCGACGCAACCAUCCCGUCCAAGUAUCUCAUUCACGGCCAAAUUCCUACCAACGCUGUCUCGCUGCUCAAGACCAGUGGGCUCCUCUCAACCGCCGAGCUCGCGAUACUCGACCUUUCGGCGACCGCGUUGGCGGCGACUAUUGCCCGGAAGGACGUCUCCUGCGUACAGGUUACCACGGCGUAUGUCAAGGCUGCGUCGCUCGCUCAGCAGGGCACAAACUGCCUUGUAGAACUAUUCGCGAACGAGGCGCUCGCCCAGGCGACGGCGCUCGAUCAAGAGCUCGCGGUCAAAGGCCCGCGAGGACCAUUGCACGGUGUACCAGUCAGCAUCAAGGAUCACGUCGAUGUGCGAGGCCACGACAGCCCGAGCGGCUUCCUGAGCCGAGUUGGCAAGUGUGUGGCAACGGAGGACGCCCACAUGGUCUCGGUGAUGCGUGACGCCGGCGCCGUCUUCUACUGCAAAACCACCAAUCCUCAAGCUCUCAUGCAGCUCGAGUGCACGUCCUAUCUCGGCACGACGACGAAUCCGCACAACACACGCCUCACCCCUGGCGGGAGCAGUGGUGGGGAGGGGGCGCUAAUCGGCUUCAAAGGCAGCCCGCUCGGCAUCGGCACAGACGUAGGCGGGAGUAUCCGAUGCCCCGCGGCGCAUUGCGGAAUCUACGGCUUCAAGCCGACAGCGGGGCGCGUGCCGUACGGCGGAUGCAACGCACCCAUGCUCCCUCCAGGAUGGGAGGGCAUCCUGUGUACGCACGGCCCAAUGGCACGCUCUGCCGAGGACCUCGAGAUGUACAUGAAGCUCAUCGCCGACUCGGAGCCGUGGCGCCGCGACCCGAGCCUGGUGGUGAAGCCGUGGACUCCCGUGCGGUCAGCCAAGCUCCGCGUGGGCGUGCUCUGGGACGACGGAGUUGUGGCCCCGGUCGUGCCCAUGCGCCGCGGCCUCGAGAUGACAGUGGACAAGCUGCGGGCCGCGGGUCACGAGGUCGUCACGUACAAGCCCUACAAGAGCGAGGAGGCGUGGGAGGUCCUCCGCAAGCUGUACUGGCCCGAUGCGGGCCAGGCUGUCCGCCAGUGCCUCGAUGAGGCAGGGGAGCCGAUGCACCCCCUCAGCGCGUGGAUUAUCGACCAGGGAGGCGAAAAAGCCCCAACCGCGAGUGAUCUUCUAUCCGCGGUGGCGGCGCGCGAUGCAUUCCGCCUCGCACUCGCGAAGCACUGGCAGGAGUCGGGUGUCGAUGUUGUCCUUUCGCCGGCGUACGCGACGCCUGCGCCACCCCAUUUUACCAGCACAUACUGGAACUACACCGCGUACUGGAACCUGGCAAACUACCCCGCCGCCGUGUUUCCCACAGGCCUUGUGGUGGAGUCCGGUGAUGUACACGAGGGCUCACCGCGCAAUGAUAAGGAGAAGGAGAUUUGGGACACGUACGACCCCGCAACAGCUGAGGGUGCUCCGAUUUCCCUUCAGCUGGUCGGUUAUGUCGGGCAGGACGAGGCAACCCUCGCCGCGCUACGCGUCGUCAUUGCCGCUAUGGAGUGAAUCGAGUAGACGGCAGAACGGCGGAAUGUCAGAAGGAGAACCUGUAGACGGAAUAUGGACUCGGAC